AUGGUUUCUUCUUUUGUGACGUAAAACCGGAAGCGGAAGAAAGAAGAAACGAGGCAACAACGAAGAAAAAUGGCGAAUGCUGAAGUCUAUACAAAUCAUGUUUCUUCAAGACAAAACGAAAUAUUAAGUGAUGGGGAAACUUCAGGUAGCGAAGAACCACCAGUUGUAGAUGAAGGAGAAGGGGUAGAUGAAGAAGAAGGGGAAGUAACUCCUGUUUCCAUAUCUAAAGACAAAAAGGACAAGAAGAAGAAAAAACAUAAACACAAGCAUAAACAUAAAACUGAUAAACAUGAACGCCAUGGAAGUGAUAAACACAAACAUAAAAAACGCAAGAAACAUAAAAUGGAAAAGGCUGAGGAAGAAGAGGAAGAAAUUGAUGAAGAUAAUGUUGAAAAGAAGAAGCGAAAGUUUGAUGAGGACAUUGCUAAGUUAGAAAAAGCUAGAGAGGUUUUGAAAGCUGUACUUAGUGUAGAUAGUAACAGUAAUCAAGAAGCUGAAAUGAACCCAAUGGACAUGAUCGCUCAGGGAUAUGCUGCAUCUGAAUCCGAGGAAGAAGAUGGAGAGGUUGAUCAUGAAGAAACAAAAAUAGAAAAGAAGAUCUCACGUGAAUGGCAAAUAUUAGAACAGGCUUUAGCAGAGAAAGUUAAACAGGAAAAGAAAGAAGAUGGAGACACUGAACAUAGAAAUGUUAAACGUGACAAACAAUCACAUUCAGAUAGACAUAGAUCUAAAGAAAACGAUCCAUACUCUAGUGAAAAUAAAAAACAUAGAUCUAAAUCUCCUGUUGUAAUUGAUCUCACCAAUGAUUCAGUACCGGACAGAAAAAGAUCAAGAGAAAAGGAUAAUAGAAGUGAUUCAAGAUAUCGGGAAGGGAGACGAUCAUCCCCACAUAGGUCACCCACAUACAGGUCACAGAGUAGAGAUCAAACGAGGGAAUCACACAGGUCAAAAAGUAGAGACCCUCAUUGGGUCAGAUCUCCUGGUAGAGAAAGACCUAGAGACACAAGGAAUAGGUCACCAGAAAGAAGAAGAUCUCCUGAUCGACGAUUAGAUUCCAGACGACUUGAUGAAAGGAGAAGAUCACCUGACUGGGGCAGACCGGUAGAUAGAAAUGAUAGAGGUCGUGAUAGACCUUUAGAAAAUAAUGAUAGAGGUCGUGAUAGACCUUUAGAAAAUAGAGGAUCUCCAGAGAAAAGAAAAUCUCCUUUUGUUUCUGCAUUUAAAAGCUACAGGGAUUUAUAUGGUGGAAGAGGCAGAGGACAAGACCGAGGUCGUGACAGGAGAAGUCGAUCACGUGACAGACGACACCGGAGUCGAUCUAGAGACCGACGAAGACGUGAUAGAAAGAAGGAAGAUAAAUUUAAAGGCAGCCUAUCUGAAGGCAUGGCAACAAACCAGGAUGAUUCUGAUGAUGAAAAUCUUGAUAUAGACAUUCCAGAUGAUGAUGAAGAUGAAGAAGAUAUGAUAGCAAGAAGGAGGAAGGAAAGAGAAGAACUGUUACAGAAACUAACAUUUGCCAGUAAUGAGAACAGUAGGAUGUCUCAGGACGAUGGUACACAGAGUGAAGAUGAAAGUUUAUCUCGAGCAUCGUCAGAUAGUGAUGAGGUGGCAGCACGAGCAGCAGAAAUUUUAGAUGAAGAACCACAGGAUUACUUUGAAACGACAUAUCAUCAGAAAAGACAAAUCUUUGGAUUAGAAGAGGCAGAAUUGAAAAAGAAAGAAGAAGAAAAGGAGGGGGAAAAUGAAAAGACAGCUGACAUGUUUUCAGAAAGUGACAUGUUCAGUGAAAAUUAUACUAGUCCAGGAGUAGCAAAGUUUACUGCCAAUGUUAAUGAGAAUCCUAGUUUACUGGAUAACUGGGAUGAUGCUGAGGGCUACUAUAGAGUGAGAGUUGGGGAAAACUUAGAUAAAAGAUAUUCCGUGUAUGGAUAUACUGGACAUGGUGUGUUCAGUAGUGUAGUCAGGGCUAGAGACGAGGCCAGGGGGAAAAUGGAUGUAGCCAUUAAAAUUAUUAGAAACAACGAAAUGAUGCACAGGACUGGUUUAAAGGAAUUAGAGUUCCUUCGUAAGCUGAAUGAUGCAGAUCCUGAUGACAAAUUCCAUUGUUUACGACUCUACAGACAUUUCUUUCAUAAAAACCAUCUCUGUUUAGUAUUUGAAUCUUUAAGUAUGAAUCUACGAGAAAUAUUGAAGAAAUAUGGUAAAGAUAUAGGAUUACAUAUAAAAGCGGUCAGAUCAUAUGCACAGCAACUGUUACUGGCGCUCAAACUUCUAAAGAGAUCCAGUAUAUUACAUGCUGACAUCAAACCAGAUAAUAUAUUGGUAAAUGAGUCCAAGUUACUGCUGAAGUUGUGUGAUUUUGGUUCAGCAUCUCAUGUUUCUGACAAUGACAUCACUCCUUACUUAGUCAGCAGGUUUUACAGAGCUCCUGAGAUUAUCCUAGGUAUGGGUUACGACCAUGCUAUAGACAUGUGGUCAGUUGGAUGUACCCUGUAUGAACUGUAUACUGGAAAGAUCCUGUUUCCAGGAACUUCGAACAAUGAAAUGUUAAAGUUUAUGAUGGAUGUGAAGGGUAAAAUGCCACAUAAGGUGAUACGUAAGGGUAUGUUUAAGGACAACCAUUUUGACAGCAACUACAAUUUUCUGUACAUGGAAGUGGAUAAAGUUACGCACAGGGAAAAGGUCACAGGUCUGACACAAAUAAACAUUUCCAAACCGUUAUUGUCCGAAAUGGUAGGCUUCCAGAGACUCCCCGAAGACCAAUUGAAAAAAGUAAUGCAAUUAAAGGACUUACUGGAUAAAGUGCUCAUGUUGGAUCCCAGUAAACGAAUCAGUAUCAACCAAGCAUUGACUCAUCCGUUCAUUCAGGAGAAAAUAUAAAUUGUGUUAUUCAUAUUCAAUUGGAUUAAUGGAUAUAAAUGUUUGACAUCAAGAUAGUGGAGGUUUAUUUGUAAGUCUAAAAGAUAUUGUACGGUAAGAUGUAGUGCCAUGGAAUGAAGGUUAGAAUAUCAGACCAGACAUUGAAUGUGAAACAAACUCAUGCAACAAAAUAUACACUGAACAUUGAAUUAAGAAUUGAUUAAGAUUUCAUAUAGUCUUAAUUAUUUUACAGUUCUUAAGCAUAGUUAUUUUCAUGUAAUUCUUGAAAACUUAUAAUUUUGAUAAUUGAAAAUUCCUCUUUUUCCUUAGAAAAAUAAUGGAAACCAGGAUUUCAUGAAAAUCUCUAUGUUUUUAGUAGUAAAAUACUCCAAUUUUAGUACGGCAACCAGUGAUAUUAUAUUGAAUUUGAAACAGACAUUGUAGGACUUCACAUGUAGAUGAUAUAUUAUUAUGUAAUUUGUUGUCAUGGAAACUAACAUGCUAAUUUGUGUUUCAGUUCGCUGUGAUAUGGAAUAAUCACAGACUGUUUACCUUUUAACUGAUCAGUUGCAAGAGUUGAGCAAAGGUAACCAUACAAACAUGGGGAAGGGGUUUCUAUUUUGAUUAAUUGGUUUAUAUUAAACUAAUUUUUGUUUAGAGUUCAAUUGGUAAGUGAAACUCCUUUAUGUAUGAUUUAAGUUGUCAGCGUCAUUUAGUUUCAUCCAUGUCUGUCUAAACAUGUAUAGUUAAAAAUUGUCAUGAGAAAAUCAUUUGAACUUUAAUGUUAUAAGAAACCACAAAACUAAUAACAUUUAUCACAUAUAUGAGCCUCUAGAUAAAAGAGACAAUUUCAAAAUUUUUAAUUUCUAUUCAAAAACUUGAUUUUUCCACAUUGAAAUUUUUCCACAAGUCAAAAGGGAUUUGGCUAACUUUAAAUUUAUAGAAUGAGAGUUCAUUUUCAUUUUACAAAUGGCAUGUUUGUUAAACACAAUUAUCAUUUUGGACUGGAGACAUUUGUGUCGGAGGACACAGCUUUAUGUUUUACACUUUUGGUUCAUACAUUACAAUUAUUUAAUAAAAAUGAAACAAUGUUUUAAAAAUAAACAUGAAAUAAUCAAAAUAUUAAAAAAACAAUUGUAAAUAAAUUUUUAUUAUAGAAUUUCAUGUUUGACUUUUUUUUGCAUACAAAUUUUCUUUUCUUUUUUUUUUUUUAAUAAUUCAAAUUUGAAAUGAAUUAAUUUAAGUGAAUUCUUACAAAAAUAAAUCAUUUUUGACUGGGGUUUAUUUUUCAGAUAGUUGAAGAAUUCUGUUUCCAACAUAUUGAGGUCUAACAAUUUUACAGUCUUAUCUAAAGAUAAGUGCUUUAUGAGGUAGAAAAAGGUGUGAAUUUAUAGUACCUAAAUAUCCCUGUUUUCACCAAAAAAGUAUUUUCACAAAAUGCAUGUAUAAAACUCAAUUUUGUCAUCAUAGCAAAAACUUUGCAAUAUAUUUAACAUAUGUAAAUUCAUCUUGUGUUUAUGAUUGUUCCAAAAAAGAGAAUAUUUCUACAAUUAUGUCAAAUUUAGCAGCAAUUUAUGUAUAUGUUAGUGAUUAUGUAUAAAGACAUUAAUUGAUUUUAUGUAAAUCUGUUGACUAUGUACUUUUUUCAUGCAGGAAAGUCCAAGGAAUAAAAUACAGACUGAUAUCAAAGAGCUUGGGAGUUUUUCUUGUAAAAUUCAGUGGUUAUCAACCAGUGCUGUUGUGGUAAUAACCCUUUAUAUACUUAUAUGGGUAUUACUAUUGCUUAGUUUAAACCUAGUGUUGUCAGUUUAAGGGUUUGUUCAAUAAAACAUGACUUCUGGUGCAUGUUGUGUCUCUGGUUUCAGAUAGUCAUUAGAUGCAAAUUGUCUGAGCGCUUUGAAAAUAAAAAAAAAUUCCAAGGGACAAUUUAAUUUUGCAUCCAUAUUUAAUUGCAGUUAAUGCUUCUUUAAUUUAUAGCACUUACUCUUUUCAUACUUAGUUUUUAUACGACCGCAAAAAUUGAAAAUUUUUUGGUCGUAUAUUGGUAUGACGUUGGCGUCGUCGUCGUCGUCGUCGUCUGGCGUCGUCCGGCGUCGUCCGAAGACACAUUGGUUUUCGCACUCUAACUUUAGUUUAAGUGAAUGGAUCUCCAUGAAAUUUUACCAUAAGGUUCAAUACCACGAAAGGAAGGUUGGGAUUGAUUUUGGGGGUUAUGGUACCAACAGUUAAGGAAUUAGGGGCCAAAAAGGGGCCAAAAAUAAGCAUUUUUGUAAUUCCAGACAAUAACUUGUGUGUAAGUGUAUGGAUCUCUCUGACAUUGUACCACAAGGUUCCAUAUCACAAAGGGAAGGCUGUAAUUGAUUUUGGGGGUAAUUGCCUCAAAAUUUUAGGAAUUAGGGGCCAAAAAAGGGGCAAAAAACAAGCAUUUUUCUAGUUUCAUGACAAUAACUUGUGUGUAAGUGUUUGGAUAUUUCUGAAAUUGUACUACAAGGUUCCAUAUCACAAAGGGAAAGCUGGAAUUGAGUUUGGGGAUAAUUGCCUGAAACGUUUAGGAAUUGGGGGCCAAAAAGGGGCCAAAAAUAAGCAUUUUUCUAGUUUCCAGACAAUAACUUGUGUACAAGUGUAUGGAUCUCUCUGAAAUUGUACUGCAAGGUACCAUACCACAAAGGGAAGGCUGGGAUUGAGUUUGGGGGUGAUGAAUCAUAAGGGGGUUCAAAAAAUUUGGGGGGGGGAUUUUUUUUUUUUCUUUUUUUUUCUUUUUUUCCUUUUUUUUUUCUUUUAAAAUUUUCCAUUUUAAGUUGGUUAUUUCUGAUUAAUAUUUAAAAGCAAAUAAUAAUGAUAUGGUAGGAGUUACACACCAAACAGGAUGUGUAAAUUAUUAUAUAAUAAGUAUUGUGCAAUAGCAAGAAAUUUUCAAUUGCACAGUAUUGCACAAUUGCAAGAAAUCUUCAAUUGCACAGUAUUGCGCAAUAGCAAGAAAUCUUCAAUUGCACAGUAUUGCGCAAUAGCAAGAAAUAUCCAAUAGCACAAUAUUGCGCAAUAGCAAGAAAUUGUCAAUUGUACAGUAUUGCACAAUAGCAAGAAAUAUUCAAUUGCACAGUAUUGUGCAAAAGAAGAUACUUCGUAUAAAUUGCUUAUUUCUUGAUCAAUUUCAAUGGGGUUUUAUUCUUGAAUUCUUGGGGUUCUUUAAUAUGCUGAAUCUAACCGUGUAUUAAGUUUUUGGAUUUUGGGCCCCGUUUUUAAAUUGGUCUACAUUAAGGUCAAAAGGGUCCAAAAUUAAACUUAGUUUGAUUUUAACAAAAAUUGAAUUAUUGGGGUUCUUUGAUAUGCCGAAUCUAACCGUGUAUUUAGAUUCUUGAUUAUGGGCCCAGUUUUCAAGUUGGUCCAAAUCGGGGUCCAAAAUUAAACUUUGUUUGAUUUCAACAAAAAUUGAAUAUAUGGGGUUCUUUGAUAUGCUGAAUCUAACCAUGUAUUUAGAUUUUUAAUUUGUGGGCCCCGUUAUCAACUUUGUCCACAUUGAGGUCAAAAGGGUCCAAAAUUAAACUUUGUUUGAUUUCAUCAAAAAUUGAAUUCUUGGGGUUCUUUGAUAUGCUGAAUCUAACCAUGUAUUUAGAUUUUUUAUUUGUGGACCCGCUAUCAAAUUGGUUCAUAUUGAGGUCAAAAGGGUCCAAAAUUAAACUUUGUUUGAUUUCAUCAAAAAUUGAAUUAUUGGGGUUCUUUGAUAUGCCAAAUCUAACCGUGUAUUUAGAUUUUUAAUUUGGGGUCCCGUUUUUAAAUUGGUCUACAUUAAGGUCCAAAGGGUCCAAAAUUAAACUUAGUUUGAUUUUAACAAAAAUUGAAUUCUUGGGGUUCUUUGAUAUGCUGAAUCUAAACAUGUGUUUAGAAUUUUGAUUAUGGGCCCAGUUUUCAAGUUGGUCCAAGUUGGGGUCCAUAAUUAAACUUUGUUUGAUUUCAACAAAAAUUGAAUAUAUGGGGUUCUUUGAUAUGCUGAAUCUAAACAUGUAUUUAGAUUUUUGAUUUUUGGCCCAGUUUUCAAGUUGGUCCAAAUUGGGGUCCAAAAUUAAACUUUGUUUGAUUUCAACAAAAAUUGAAUAUAUGGGGUUCUUUGAUAUGCUGAAUCUUACCAUGUAUUUAGAUUUUUUAUUUUGUAGGCCCGCUAUCAAAUUGGUUCAUAUUGUGGUCAAAAGGGUCCAAAAUUAAACUUUGUUUAAUUUCAUCAAAAAUUGAAUUAUUGGGGUUCUUUGAUAUGCCAAAUCUAAAUGUGUUUUUAGAUUUUUAAUUUUGGGUCCCGUUUUUUAAAUUGGUCUACAUUAAGGUCCAAAGGGUCCAAAAUUAAACUUAGUUUGAUUUUAACAAAAAUUGAAUUCUUGGGGUACUUUGAUAUGCUGAAUCUAAACAUGUGUUUAGAUUUUUGAUUAUGGGACCAGUUUUCAAGUUUGUCCAAGUUGGGGUCCAAAAUUAAACUUUGUUUGAUUUCAACAAAAAUUGAAUAUAUGGGGUUCUUUGAUAUGCUGAAUCUAACCAUGUAUUUUGAUUUUGGACAUUGGACCAUAAUAGGUAAAUUAAAAAAAUUGAAGUUCUUAGACCACAUUCUUUCUGUGUCAGAAACCUAUGCUGUGUCAAAUAUUUAAUCACAAUCCAAAUUCAGAGCUGUAUCAAGCUUGAAUGUUGUGUCCAUACUUGCCCCAACUGUUCAGGGUUCGACCUCUGCGGUCGUAUCAAGCUGCGCCCAGCGAAGCAUUUUAUUUAAAUUUAUUUUUCAAAUACUUGGGGGUUGACCUUUUGUUUUUAUUGAAAGGGACAAACAGAAAUGUGAAUGCAAAUGCUACUUAAAGGUAAAAGCUGUAAAGCACCAACAACUAAUUCUUUAAGAACAAGUUUCCUAAUAAAAAAAAGUGACUUAAGGCCCCUUACUACACAAUAAAAAAUAUAUUUAUAAGCGUCAGAAUUCUUUUUUCUUGAUGGAUACCCUAUUUUCUGAGUACUAUCACAAAAUGGUACAAUAUGACACCAUCAUCAUGGCAUGGGAUUCUUUUCUCAUACUGACACAAUAGCAAAUCAAGAAAACAACGAGGACAUUUUGUGCCAUAAUUGAAUCUUUACCAAUAAAAAACUGGAAACAGGCAAACUAUUAUCACAAAACAAACAACCAGUAAGGAAAAUGGCAAGUAAUUUGUUCCUGGGUGUUUAUGGAGAAAAUUUAACUAUGGAGGUAGAGACUUGAUUGCAUUUAUUACUUCAUGACCUACUUGAUAUCUACAACAUAAAGUGUUCUGCAAAUCUUAGAAAAACCUCUUUCAGUAAAAACUUACUAUCUUUGUGUCUGUUAUAGAAAACUGACAAUAUAUCAGUGGGAUGUUUGAGAGUGAUUGUAAUAAACAAAAAAAUGAGCAAGUGAAUUGGCAACUUAUCUGUUUGGUGUUGACGAGGGUGAUUGUAAGAAACCAACAAUAAAAAAAAUCCUAGAUCUUGCUGAACUUUUAAAAAGAAUGAGGUGUGGGCAGACAAGUUAAUUCUGUACUGCUUUUGACAGAUUUAAAUUGUCUGCUGGUUGAAAAUAACAAUAAAAUGUUGUAAAUGGCAAAUAUUGUAAUAAAAUUAAGAUUAGGUUUUCAGGAUGAAAAUCUAGGAUUUUAUUUAUUAUGGUUGAUUGGAUUGAUGCAUUUUAUACCAGCUUGUGAAGCCAUCAAGUUCAGUAAUUUGAGAGGAAUAUGUUGUUGUAAACUGAAAUAAGACUAAUUACAAUUUAUCAAAAGAUAAGCUUUACAGAGAAGUAAUGAUAAAUAGUAUAUCUAAUAUUUUUCUUUUUUUCUUUUGCACAACCUGAACAUGUCAAGUGACGAUUCAUUGCCACAGGGGAGAGAAGUCAGCGCCAAAGGAACAUGAUACCAUGUAAUGUUGAUGAUAGCAUCAGUUAUUGUUAAAUGUAGAUUUGUAAAGUACUUUGGCGUAGAAAAUGAUUCCCUAGGGGGAAUGUUGUUAGCCACAGGGGAUAAGUUUAUUCUUAUGACAUUAAUAAGAGUUAAGACUUAAUAGGGUUCAUAAAAAGAUAUUUGCAAUUUUUCUUAUCAAUUAUUUUAAGAUGAUCAACAAUUGGUAGUAAUCUGAAAACAUUGCAUUAUAUUUUUUUUUUCAUCUAUUCUGAUAAUUAGUAUAAAUGAAUUUCUAAAAUCCAUCAACUUUGUAAGGUUAUUUGCGAUAUAAAUAGAGAGAAUGAUAUGCAGACAACAUUAAUUUGUUAUAAGUCCAUGUUAUUUUUUAGGCUUAUUAAUUGUUUUAUAUUAUUAUUUGCAGUUAUCUUUAAUUUUUGUUCUUAUAACGUCAUAGAUAAGCAUUUUAUUUUUGUGCUAUUACACAUAGUAUUGACUUCUUUGUAGAAAAAAAUGUAUCUGUUAUAUAUGCCUUUUUGGGGACGAAAACAGGUUUUGACAGUGCUUUUAAUCAAACUGCCUUUUCACCGCUGUGAAAUUUUAUUGUUUUUAUUUUCAGUUCUCAAUGAGUUUUGAAGAUUCAGUUUUACUUUUGACCUAUCAUGCGACAAAUAACAUUUCAAUUGUAGGAGAUUGAUAAAAUAUUUUUCAACAUUUUCUGUUUUUUUGUUAUUUAUGUUGUAGGACAGACCAGGAAGAACAUUACAGAAUACAGAUAGGUCUAUAAGGUUGUUAUUACAGGGAUAUAGAUGAACACUAUUUCUAGAGUAACCAAGUUAUGCUUUUACAAUAUCUCUGAAACCACAAACUAGAUUUCAAUAAAUCUCACAGAAUCUUUCUUUUAUUCAAAGUGCUAUUUUGUACCUCAAUUUUUUCACUUUAUUGGUUGGGUUUCAUAUAGAAUAAUAUUUAUUUUGGCAUUUUUAAAAACAAUUGAAGGAGCAGGGAUAUGAUUUUUUUGUGGUCCUUGCUCAGUUUUUUUUAGUUUAUUAAAAAAAAGUCAUGGUGAUAAUUCAAGCUUCAAACUAUAGUUGCAUUAAUUUCUAUAGAAAAUUUGUUGAAAAUAAAAAAAAUUAGACCCCUCAAAUUUGAAAUGGACACUGCAGUCUUCUAUGUGUCUAAAUAGUUAAGAACAAAAGGUAAGUUUUGAAACUUUAAGUAAUUCUUUGAAACACACAAAAUAUCAGGAGAAAAUCAGUUGCUUUUCAAUAAUGUUCCAAAUUAAGUACACACAAAUUGAAAAUAUUCAGUAGAAUUUUUCUAGACCACAAUAAUUAUAUGUCAACUGCAAUCCUGUACCUGCUCAUCUGUUCUUCUUUAAGCAAUAGACAAAUUCAGUUGUGGAUAUUUUUCAUUGAUUCAGAAGCAAGAACAGCCGAAACCAAACUUCAGUAAUACUGAAAUAAAUGAAUCCUUCAUUGGAUAUUAGCAUAAUAUCUUGUCAUCUGUUAUGAAGCUAAGAUUUCAAAUAUUGUAGCUCUAACAUCCAAGUACAUGUAUUCUUCACGAUCAAGGGUGCAGGACCAACUUGUACAGUGACUAUAAUGAUCCCUGAUUAGAUUGUACUUAAACUAAUGCGUCUAUUAAUUUCAGCUUUAGUGGGAGGAGUUUCAUAUUUAAAGUAUUAUAUUUGACAAAUGUAACUCACCAAUGUUUUAUUGUUAUUUUAGGUAUGUACAAAGAUGCAAUGGUUCUGGUCAGGGGUGUAUGUCCAACGUCAUAUAAAGGGAGAUAAUUGGUAGAGAUUUAGAAAGAACAUUUUAAUGGCAUGGAGAAUUGAAAUUUCACAUUUGGAAAAAUGAUUUUGACAUUUUCAUCAGACAAUCUUUAUAUUUCAACAUGUUCAAUAUGAGAAUGUUAUGUUUAUAUGUCCCGACGAAGCGAAGGGGCAUUAAGUUUUACCCUUGUUUAUUUAUAAAAUAUUUGUUUAGUGA